AUUUUUGAUAAGCUGUUGUAUAGGGUCCUAAAAGGAAGACAGGCAGCGAGAGAGUAUUCCGAAGCAAGAUGGCGGCGCUAAGGGCACUUCUAAGGGUCCGAACUGUGGCAGGAAGGUGGAGAGCCGCCGGUGGGAGACAGACCACCAUACGUUCCCAGAGUGAAUUCACUUCCUUGGAGGAGAAACCACAAUUCCCUGGAGCUUCAGCUGACUUUGUGGAGUCGUUGGAAUUCAUCCAGCCCAAUGUUAUAUCUGGGAUUCCUAUUUACCGUGUCAUGGACCGCCAAGGACAGAUUAUCAACCCAAGUGAAGACCCCAAAAUUCCGAAAGAGAAAGUCCUGAAGUUUUAUCAUACUAUGACUCUACUGAACACCAUGGACAGGAUUUUAUAUGAAUCUCAGAGACAGGGAAGAAUUUCCUUCUACAUGACCAACUAUGGAGAGGAGGGGACACAUGUAGGCAGUGCAGCAGCUCUGCAAGACACAGACCUUGUGUUUGGACAGUACAGAGAAGCAGGUGUGCUGAUGUAUCGGGGUUAUCCUCUGGAUCGUUUUAUGGCUCAGUGUUAUGGAAAUGCCUUAGACCCAGGAAAAGGAAGACAAAUGCCUGUACACUAUGGCUGCAAGGACUUGAAUUUUGUUACCAUCUCAUCUCCGCUGGCAACUCAGAUCCCCCAGGCUGUGGGUGCAGCGUAUUCUUUUAAACGGGAGAAUGCAGACCGUGCUGUCAUUUGCUACUUUGGCGAGGGUGCAGCCAGUGAAGGAGAUGCACAUGCUGCCUUCAACUUCUCUGCUACUCUGGAGUGUCCUGUUUUAUUCUUUUGCAGAAAUAAUGGAUAUGCAAUAUCUACACCAACCUCUGAGCAAUACAGGGGAGAUGGUAUUGCGGCUCGUGGUCCUGGAUAUGGUAUCCUGUCAAUACGAGUGGAUGGUAAUGAUGUGUUUGCCGUGUACAAUGCUACUAAAGAGGCACGACGCAGAGCAGUAGCAGAGAAUCAGCCGUUCCUUAUAGAGGCCAUGACAUACAGGAUUGGACAUCACAGUACCAGUGAUGACAGCUCAGCAUACCGCUCAGUUGAUGAGGUUAAUUACUGGGAUAAGCAGGAUCAUCCUAUUUCUCGGCUUCGUAACUACAUGUUACACAAGGGCUGGUGGGAUGAGGAGCAGGAGAAGAUAUGGAGAAAAAAAUCACGCAAGAUGGUCAUGGAAGCAUUUGAAGAGGCUGAACGAAAGCAUAAACCCAAAUUGGAGCACAUGUUUUCAGAUGUAUACUCAGAAAUGCCUGCUCAGUUAAGGAAACAAGAACAAAAUCUAAUGAAACAUCUAAAACUGUAUGGAGAACAUUACCCUUUGGACAGCUUUGAGAAGUAACCCAUUUGUGGUUCCUUACAAGGAAUAUUUCUGUUACAGGCAGCAAAUACUGUGGAUAUUGGGCACUUCAUCUUGCCCAACUAAACAGCCUGCUGCAAGAACCUACCUAUUAAUCAGUGCAAAUAAUUCCUUCUCUUUUUGUGAAAUCAGUUUAUUAGAUAAUUAAUUUGGUUGUAAAUAAAAGGUUAGAAAGAUUUUUUUUUUUUAACAUGAACAUCCUGCUGUUGUACCUGUUUAUACUAUAUUAAUAUACUGUAUAAGCCCCUAUGGUUACAUAUGCAGGAAGCCCAUGGUAAUCUAAUUUGCUGGUUGACUAUUAAAAUAAUGGAAAUGGAACAAAAGUAGUUUGUUGUUUUUAGAUGCAAUAACCUAUUAAAGGUCCAUUAACACAAAGAAAUAAAGAGUGCAUUUACACAUAA